UUUCUUCAUAAAUUACGUCAAAAUGUCCUCUUUAAAAAGUUUUGUACUUUUUUCCUCCUUGCUCUUCCUUGUUUUUGGGUAGACCUGCAUAGAUCAUAGCGGAAAUGCUAUAGACUGGUGGUUUAUUUUGAAGAUGCCAACAGAUAAAACUUUUAGUGUUAGAGGUAAAAUAAUUUCAAUAUUUAAGGAAUGGACUAUUUGUAUUGUGAUGCCAAUAAUAACUGUGGUACUUUUGAUUGGCAAACUGAUCAAUUGGACGAUUUGACAUCUCCAUUAUAAAGAACUAUAGCUUAAAUAGAUUUCCAUGAUGAUAAUGUAAUGAGCGUCCUUUGGAGCGAUUAACCUUGGAACAAGAAUACUAUUUCCGACAGAGCUCAUUCAAAGGGUAUUUUGAGUGCCAACAUCAAUGGAGACGCAUUUCUUAUCUCUCACUCCACACCCACCUUCCCAAUGCUUGAUGACGCAUACGAGUAAAAAAUUCAAUUCAAAAUAUAUUAGUCAAAUUGUAUUAGGAAUGCCUUCCUCUUCCUAAGUGUACGGUCAACACUAUAUGUGCUUAUCUAUUACAACUACCGAAGCCAACAGAUUGGCUACUGAAUACAUCAUUGCUGAAACACUUACCAAUAGAGCUAACAGUCCUGCUGCCUUUGCAACAGCUUUCCCUCAAUUAUACUAGCUUAAAACUAACUCAAGAACUAAAACUUAUCAAACAGAAUCUGGAACUGUUUUAUCAGUAAUUUAUUAUAAUAUUCUUCAGGCAGCCCUACAAGAUUCAAUCAAAAUAUCUUCUAAGGGAGGAUUCAAACUAACAGCUUAUUCCAAAAAUGAAAAUCUUGUUGAAGACUUCUAUGCUGAUGUAGUCGCACCUGCUCUAGGAGUAGAUUUGAUCAUGGAAACCUGGGGUAACGGAACCGGUGGUCUCUAAGACCCAGUAUGCGAUUAAGUCCCUAAAUCCUAUUCCAAUUUAGUCAGACAACAUGGAGUAUACAAUCUUUUAAUAUCAUCAGGCCUUUUCAUUUUCAUACACCAAGGAUCAUUCCAAAUACGGCUUAACUGCAACCUCAAACAAUGUAUGCUUUUGUGAUUUGAACAGAUAAACCACCUAAUAAAAGAGAGGAGGUGUGGUUUAUUGUUUUUAACACAAUAGCUUAUGGAGCAUCAUUAACUAAUCAUUUAUAAGCAGACAAUCAUGCUGAUUUAAUUACAAAAAUAAUUUUUAUUAAAACAAACCAUAUU